CAUAUCAGACGACAGGGUAAACGGAUGCACAGAAUAAUUUCAGGAGGAACACUCUCUCUUCGUCUCGUUGCCGAUUAUUUUCAUUCCACCGAAACAACUCCAAGAAAGACCCAGAAAAUUUCAGAAAGAAGAAGAAGAAGAUGGUGAAAGUAGGGACGUACUUCGCGAUGACACUGGGAGCAUUCAUUUUCUGGCAGUCCAUGGACAAGCUCCAUGUUUGGAUCGCUCUCCAUCAAGACGAAAAGAAUGAGAGACUAGAGAAGGAAGCUGAGAUCAGGAGAGUCAGGGAAGAACUACUUCGGCAGCAAGCCAAUCAGAGAGAUUCUCUUGCAUAACCUUUCAUGUUCGCGUUACCGGUGGUGGCCUUUUCUUUGAACUUCCUGUUGUUUUCAUUUUUCUCUUUUUGAAUUGUUAUGUUCGGAAGCAAUAGAGUUUUCAUAAAGCAUAAUGUCCACUCGAAGCUGAUGACCAUGAUUGUCAAGGAUGUAUCAUUACAUUCUUCUCUUAUAUAAACUCCUUCCAUGUUGGAAUUUGCACUCAAA